AUGGCAGAUCAGGAGGAUGAGAGUAUGGCCAGCAGCUCGAGCCAGGGAGUUAAUCUCUCUCAGAUCCUGAAGACCCCAGAACCUUUCGACAUAGACAACCUCGAAGAUGUCAACCGGGAACUCAACCGUCUUGAGGACUUGGCCGCUGAACAUCAUGGAAUGAAUGCAUCCGAACGCUUCCGCACUCGCUUUGAACGCUUGGAGAAUCAGCGAGACCAACUCAGGGCCCAAAGAAACCCAUCCGACAGUAUGGACCGUGACUCAGUUUCCUCGGAGUCCUUCUUUGACGCACCCGAGAUGCUUGAACCGGACCAACAGACAAAGAAAGGAAAAAGAAGACAGGUCUCACGUAUUGCAACGAUGCCGUUGGAUCCGAAUGCAGCAACAAAGAUUCUCACGGACAAGGAUAUUAUCCAGAUUGCACAACAGCCACCCGCCUUCCGUAAACGAUACACACGAUAUUGGAACUCGGACGGAAAGAUUAAAGAACCUUACUUUCGGGUCAUCUUCCAGCAGGAUGAUGCUGGUAAUUUCCUGGUUCCCGAGGAGUAUCUCGCAUCCAACAUCGAAAGGUGGAGGAGCCGCCUGGCACAGCUUCAGCACCCGGAGUGGUACAAUUGCCGAGGGGCUCUACGAAAGAGAGCAAUCAAAGCCCGUAAAGACCAACGCAUAGGCAAUGGACGGUUUGUCAAGAACGAAAUAGACGAACUGAACGACAGUACGCGUGCCCGAGCUAUUGCCGCAGCCUUACGUGAUGAGUCAGUGCUGGGACUACAGACGCGAAACCCACCAACGACAACCGCCACCCGUCGAGUUGAGGCGGCAGAGAACGAAGCCUUGCGCUUUAAGGCCCUGCUCCACGAUAGUGACGCCAUCCACCGCGAUGAAGUUAUGGAAACAGAAAGACGCCACCGCAAGGCAUUGCGAGACAAAGAAAAGGAGAUCGAUAUCCUAAAGCGCCACGUUGCGGACCUUGAGUCGAAGAUUGAAGCUCUCAAUAUAACCAUCGAGCGCCAGAACAAGAUCAUUGACCGCUUGACUAGCCAAGAAAACUAA